CUUUGAGUCACCACGUGAGAGAGGAAAAGGAUAGUGAGCCCGAGAGAGGGGAGAGAGAGGUCUUGGAGAACCUGGAAGAAACGGAGGAAGAGAGUGCAAAAGAAAGACGGAUUUUCCUCGUUUUUUUCUUGUUUGUAACUCACAUGCUAUAAGGCAAGAGAACAGAUCCAAGCUUGAGCAAUGCCGACAGUCACGCUGCCGCCGAAGGAGAACGCUCUGUUUAAGAGGAUUUUGAGAUGUUAUGAACAUAAACAGUACAGGAAUGGACUUAAAUUCUGUAAGCAAAUACUUUCCAAUCCUAAAUUUGCUGAACAUGGAGAGACGCUUGCGAUGAAAGGGUUAACUUUAAAUUGCUUGGGGAAAAAAGAAGAAGCUUAUGAAUUGGUAAGACGAGGACUUCGUAAUGACCUCAAAAGUCAUGUCUGCUGGCAUGUAUAUGGUUUGUUGCAGAGGUCAGACAAGAAAUAUGAUGAAGCCAUCAAAUGUUAUAGAAAUGCACUGAAAUGGGACAAAGACAAUCUUCAGAUUCUGAGGGAUCUCUCUUUGCUACAGAUUCAAAUGAGAGAUCUUGAAGGAUACAGGGAAACAAGGUACCAGUUGCUUCAGCUGAGACCUGCACAACGAGCAUCUUGGAUUGGUUAUGCUAUUGCAUAUCAUCUCCUGGAAGAUUAUGAAAUGGCUGCAAAAAUUUUAGAAGAGUUCCGAAAAACACAGCAGACAUCACCUGAUAAAGUGGAUUAUGAAUACAGUGAACUGCUCCUAUAUCAAAAUCAGGUUCUCAGAGAAGCUGGCCUUUACAAAGAAGCACUUGAACAUCUCAUUACCUACGAGAAGCAGAUCUGUGACAAGUUAGCAGUGGAGGAGACUAAAGGUGAGCUUUUACUGAAACUAAGCAGGCUGGAUGAGGCUGCGGAGGUAUACCAAAGGUUACAAGAAAGGAAUCCUGAGAACUGGUCAUACUACCAAGGACUAGAAAGAGCUCUCAAGACUGUUAAUGUAGAAGAAAGACACAAAAUCUAUGAAGAUGCCUGGACAAAAUUUCCUAAAGGGCUGAUGCCUAGGAGGCUGCCGUUAGUCUUUUUAUCUGGAGAAAAAUUUAGAGAAUGUUUGGAUAAAUAUUUAAGAAUGAAUUUCAGCAAAGGUUGCCCGCCUGUCUUUACAACCCUCAAAUCAUUGUAUCAUGACAAGGAGAAGGUGUCAAUAAUAGAAGAAUUGGUAGUUGGCUAUGAAACCACUUUAAAAAGCUGUCGCAUGUUUAGCAAACAUGAUGAUGGAAAAGAAGAACCUCCAACAACUCUACUGUGGGUUCAGUACUUUUUAGCCCAACAUUAUGAUCAAAUUGGGCAACACACCCUGGCAUUAGAGUAUAUAAAUGCUGCUAUUGAAAGCACACCUACACUUAUAGAACUCUUCCUUGUCAAAGCCAAAAUCUAUAAGCACGCUGGCAACAUCAAAGAGGCAGCACGGUGGAUGGAUGAAGCCCAGGCACUUGAUACUGCCGAUAGAUUUAUCAAUUCAAAGUGCGCAAAAUACAUGUUAAAGGCCAAUAUGGUGAAGGAAGCUGAAGAGAUGUGUUCUAAAUUCACAAGGGAAGGGGCUUCAGCUGUGGAAAAUCUUAAUGAAAUGCAAUGUAUGUGGUUCCAAACAGAGUGUGCAUUAGCGUACAAAUCAAUGAACAAAUUUGGGGAAGCACUGAAAAAGUGCCAUGAAAUUGAAAGACAUUUUGUGGAGAUUACAGAUGACCAGUUUGACUUUCACACAUACUGCAUGAGGAAAAUGACACUGCGGUCUUAUGUGGAUUUGCUAAAAUUAGAAGAUGUUUUGCGUAUGCACCCAUUCUACUUCAAGGCGGCAAGAACAGCAAUUGAGAUAUACUUGACUCUGCAUGACAACCCAUUAACAGAUGAGAACAAGGAGUUGGAAGCAGACACAGCAAAUCUCUCAGAUAAAGAGCUAAAGAAACUGCGAAACAAGCAGAGGAGAGCUCAAAAGAAAGCACAGCUUGAGGAGGAGAAAAAAAAUGCAGAAAAGGAGAAACAGCUAAAAAACCAGAAGAAAAAGAAGGAGGAUGAAGAUGAGGAAAUUGGUGGACCCAAAGAAGAGCUGAUACCAGAAAAACUUGCCAAGGUAGAGAAUCCACUGGAAGAAGCUAUUAAGUUCUUGACGCCAUUGAAAAACCUAGUUAAAAAUAAAAUUGAAACUCACCUCUUAGCGUUUGAAAUCUAUUUUAGAAAAGAAAAGUUUCUUCUUAUGCUACAGUCAGUAAAGAGAGCAACUGCUAUUGACCCCGACCACCCCUGGCUUCAUCAAUGUUUAGUCCGAUUUUUUAAAGGGAUGUCAGAAAGCAAAGACUUACCGGAAGCAGUACGCACGGUUUUGCAACAAGAGACAAAACGAUUGUUUGGGGAAACUAAUGCUAAGAGUUUCAAUGAAGCCUUCCUUCAAAAGCACUCAAAUUCAGUUCCGCACAGAGUAGCAGCUGCUAAGAUGAUGUACUACUUAGAUAGCUCUACUCAGAAGAAGGCUGUAGAACUUGCCACAGCUCUUGAUGAAUCCCUCAACAAUAGAAGCAUUCAGAUCUGUACAGAGGUGCUAGAAGCUCUACACACUGGAAGCCUUGGAGAUGAUAAGGAAAGGGCAGAGCUUUACAGAGCAGACUGUCACAAGAUUUACCCCUAUACACUGGCCUUCAUGCCGCCUGGCUAUGAGGAGAAUAUGAAGAUUACAGUGAAUGGGGAUGCCUCAACUGAGCCAGAGGAGCUGGCCAAUGACAUGUGAGCCUGACUAAAACUGAGGAGCCAAUCACUUUUUUGACCACGACAGAUUUUUGUCAUGCACCUGCAGUACAGCGUUUGAAGUUUAUAUCGCGCAAAGAACUGAAUGAUAUAAUUGAAUUUGGGAUAACGUUUAAAAAAAAAAAAAAAGGCCAUUUUACAUUUUUUAAUCCUGCUGACUACUUCUAAAGAAAAAAAAAUAAUAAAUUCCACAAAAACAAAGUAAAUUCUCUGGAACCAUUUGCACACAACAGGAUAUUCUUAAAAGGUAUUACUGGUUAUAUUUAAAAGAAAAGAUAUUGGCGUUGUUCUAGUAUGAAUUUCCCAUGUUUUUAAACUAAUUUAUACAAAAUAAAAACUAAAAAAAAAAGGUCUGUUACAAAUAACAGGGGUUAGGUGUGUGCUACCAGUGCAUCACCAAUGUUUGAUUUCCAGUUGCAGUUUCUGUGGGACAGCAGCGACGCUGCUCUAGCACCAGUAGGGUUGUGCACAAUCAGGUAAAGCACCAGAGCUUCGGUUAUACCCAUUGAAUAGACAGACGUGCUGCAGGAACCUCGCAGGAAGCAAAAAGACAUUUACGCUCUAGGCAGCCGACCUGAUCACUGCCCGGAGCGCGAUGUGAGAAUCAGUGGUUCAGAGCAUCUGUCUCUUAGGUGUCCGAAGUACGCAGAUGCUACAUCUUCCAAAAUGUUCCUCUCUAGCUCUCAUUGUUUUUCUUUGUCUUCAUUUAAGAACAAGAGGCGCUCCCUCUCUGUCUAAGGCAGUUGACACCGUUGGUAAAGCACUAAAUAUGGCCCAUACUGGAUUUUCUAAAGCUUUCCCCUUCAAAACUGCUCAGGAGGAAAACUUCCUUUUUCUUGCAAAGUUUUGGGGAAAAAAAACGAUAACAUAAAGACAAGUAGAAUUUCUACUUUACAAACUGUACUCCCCACGUGUGUGCAGAGGUAAUGUGCUGCAUUAAAAUCUUGAUACCUCUGGAUCUUUUCCACAGUGUAAGAUUGUUUUCUUUUUGUAAUAUUUAACACCAUGGUGUUUUUUCAAGAGAAUUAUUUCUCAAUCAACAGUUUCAAGAAAAGCCAGACUUUGUACAUUUUCUCCAAGGGGUGCCUGCAAUUUAUUUUUCAUUCACAGCCAGACCAGCUUCUCUUUCAGUUGUAAAGUUGAUACCCUCGUCAUCAUUCAUGAGGUACCAAAUAUACAAUGCAAUAAACUGUUUUCAAAAGUAA